GAGUUUUCCUUUCACUUUCAGUAGCCGACAAAUUUGAUACCUGAGGGACAGAACUACAGUUCCCGCCUAGCCAAGAGACGGGAGGUGGAAGGGGGUGGAUAGGGGGGAGCUAGGGCAAGGAAAGAAAACAAAAGAAAAAUCAUUACCUGCUGGCACAGGUGAGGGAAAAAAAACAGGUAAGUAACAGGUGACCCGUAAAAUAAGGGAGACAGAAGAAGACAGAAUGGAGUUGGAGGAAGCGGUGGUAGGGUAGAUAAUUAUAUUACUUGUUGGGUAAGUUAACAUAUUUGGGGACCGAGGGGUGUUGAGGUUUGCUUUGUUUUGUUUUUUGUUUUUUUCUUGGUGGAAGAAAGUGAGAGAGGUUGGUUGGAAACUAAAAGAGAUCUGGGAUGGGGAGGAAUAAACCAAAAGAAGUUUCAGCUCCAGUUCCUGAGGCAGGAGGGCAGAAGUGAUAUAACUUUCUUUGACUUUUAAAUGGAAAAAAGGGAAAGUUGGAUGGAUUUUUUUAGUUUAUCUUUUGGAAGGAUGGUUUAGCAGUAGAUAACAAAGAGAGUAGUACGUGGAUCGGAACUUCCUGAAGAAAGAGGGAAGUGCUCCUUCGUUUAAUUGCACAAAUAUUUAUCAAGUACUAGAUGCUGAAAGGAUAAGAAUUUUAGAUAAGAUACCGUCCUUUUCUCAAAGAACUUAAUCUAGAAGGGAGUUAAGACUCGAACAAAGCAAGCUCUAGCGUAGUUGUAGGGGAUUAGGAACAGAUCUAAGAUUUCACUGGUUUAGGGAACCUUUUAGUCAGGAAGGUCCCCUCUGAGAAUGCAUUUCAGACCCUGCGCUGAAAUUUACACCGAGAAUGUUGCACGAGAGAUUUAGUGAUUAGCCCAAGAUUACAUUGACCACGUCAGAAGCAAAAUUUGAACCGAGGUCUUCCUGGUUCUUUCAUACUAUACAAUAUUUCAUGCUACAUCCGUUAGAGAACUGCAAAACCAAGAGUCGCCUGAAAUCUGUGGGAGGACUUUAUUAGCUAGAAAGGAAGCAAGAAGAUUUGAAAGAAAGGGCAGCAUUUGAGUUGGACUUUAACAAUCCAAUGCGUAGAAAUUCAAGGAAUUCAACUAGGAUUUAGAAUUCCUAAUAGAAUGCCCUUAAGAGCAAGGAUUGCUUGACUGUUUUUGUAUUUGUGACCUAGGCAACUGGCACAUAGUUUGGUGUUUAAUAAAUGCUUAUUGAAGGAGAAAGUUGCCUUACCUUUCCUUGGCUCUGUUAACUCAUUGGAUUUACUUCAAUCAAAAUCUCAAAUCUUUCAGAGGCACUACAGUCUAUUCAGAUAUCCCCAAUCUAUUUUUUUUUUUUUUAGUCCUUCCCUUCUGUUUUAGAAUUAACACUAAGUAUUGGUUCCAAGGCAGAAGAGCAGUAAGGUAUAGGCAAUGAGGGUUAAGUGACUUGCCCAGGGUCACACAGCUGGGAAGUGUCUGAGGCCAAAUUUGAACCGAGGACCUCCCAUCUCAAGCCUAGCUCUCAAUCCACUGUUACCCAGCUGCCCCUCAAUCUCAAAAAUUUUAAUCCCCAGUAUAAGGCUUCCAAUUUAUCCUUAUUAAUUUUGAUUGCCACUUGAUAUUCCAGGGAAUCAUUAGAAGUCAGUGGUAGUCAUAAGUUUUGACAAGUCUUGAGGAGUUUGUCCAUCAGAUAUUUUUUCUAGGAACAACAGAUGCCUCAACUGUUCUUGUCAAGUUAACAAAUUGUUGACUCAGUAGCCCUUAAGCAAACAUUACCAACAACCAUCAUUCAUCUCUUCUUCCUGUGACCCAGUCACUUUAUUAUGCACAAACCGAAGUCAUCUAACUCUAAAGCCAGUUCUAUUUGCAUCAGUGAAAAGGUUGGAAGAAAUCUGGAAGCAUUGAAAGACUGGACAUGAAUUCCAGCUCCAGAUAAAUAACCAAAUUUUCGAAAUCGACCAACCAUUUACUUGAGUGUAAGGUUCAUGGAAUCAAAUGCUUUUUUAUGGUUCAUAAAUAAUAAGUACAAUGGGAUCCUGAAUUCUCAAUACCUUUUCAUCUCUGUUGUGACUGUUAAAAGGUGAUCUGCUAUUUAUAUGAUAUUUGUAAAAGUUUCCUUUUCUUAUACCUUCCUCAAGCUUCCCUCAGUGUAUUUAUAGAUUAUUCUUAUUUCCUGGGAAAUGACUACAGGCCAAUGGUUACUAAUUUUUUUUCUGUUUCUUUGGAGAAGAGUAAUAAUAAGAUACAAUAGUUGUUUUUUUUUUAAACAAACGUUUUUUAGUGGCCUUCCCUCUUUCAAAUACUUUGAAAAUCUAUCCCUCAAUGCGCUCAUUAUUCUAUCUCUUCUCACACAGACUUCUUCCGUGUAUACUUGGUCUACUCCAGCUGCUUUUCCCAUCUUUGUUUUCUUUUAGACUUUCUGCUUCCUCCUACAGCACAAUGGGAACUGUGAUGAUAGAAUCCAAAUACUGUAACUCCACUGUCGUUGAUGGAUAAAAGUUGCUGAUAGAAAUCUUUACAAGGCUUUUUCUUUUUUUUUAAUCUGUUCAUUGUCCUUCGAGCUUUAACCUUAAAUGCCCAAGGGAUGGUUUUUGUCUUGCUGGUUGUCACUCAGCUUCCUAUAAAACUGUUUUUUUCCUUCCACUGCUUUUCACUGUCUUAAAAGGCACUACCAUCAUAACCUUUCAUUAUGAUCUUCUCUGACAUUUUACAAAUUACUGUAUUUUAUUUUCUAAACUAGUGUUGCCCUUGGUUGACAGAUAUCCCUGCUUGCAAAUCAAGUGUUUGCUGGCAGGGAUGAUUUACGGGUUCUUUUGGCCUCCUUGUUAUAGUUACUAAUUUACAUUGGCAUCAGAGAAUUUGUUUAUGUUGAUUUUUACCAUGACUAGAGUUUCAGUCAGUAGUGUUAACUCCUGGAGGUUCAGAACAUACUAGACACAAAAGGGAGAGUGAGAUUAUCCUUCUCUUAGAGGUAUCCCUAAAAUCAUAAUCACAUCUAUAACAGGCAUUAGCAUAUAUAUGGGCAUCUCCCCUCCCAGAGCAUGUUUCAACACCCAGAUGUAUCCUAUAAUCUCCAUUUCUGUUUGUUUCUUUCUUUUGGUCCAUCUGAGCUCUAAGAAUCAUGCAGUUUUCCAGUUUCGGCAGGGCACCAGAUGAGACCUUUGACUAUUUGUUCAAGAUUAUCCUCAUUGGAGACUCAAAUGUGGGAAAGACAUGUGUGGUGCAACACUUUAAAUCUGGAAUCUACACUGACACACAGCAAAAUACCAUUGGUGUGGACUUCAUGGUGCGCUCUCUUGAGGUGGAUGGGAAAAAAGUAAAGAUGCAGGUAUGGGACACCGCUGGCCAGGAGCGAUUUCGGACAAUCACUCAGAGCUAUUAUAGAAGUGCGAAUGCUGCCAUCAUUGCCUAUGAUCUGACAAGGAGAUCCACAUUUGAAUCCGUUCCUCACUGGAUCCAUGAAAUAGAAAAAUAUGGAGCAGCAAAUCUGGUCAUAAUGCUUAUUGGGAAUAAGGCUGACCUAUGGGAUAAGCGUCAUGUUCUUUUUGAAGAUGCCUGCACUCUGGCAGAGAAAUAUGGCCUUCUUGCAGUUUUGGAGACUUCUGCUAAAGAGUCCAAGAACAUUGAUGAAGUAUUCAUGUUAAUGGCAAGAGAGUUGAUUGCCCGGAAUGACCUGAGCUUUUAUGGAGAGAGUCCACAGAACAAUCUCCUCCUGGAUUCUAGUCCAAUUCUCUUAGCUCCAAGUCCAAAUUCAAAGAAUCACUGCAAUUGUUAAAAGAGGGAGAGACCACGUGGGGCAAUGGGGUGUGCUGGGGAGGCAAUCUCUGAAACCCAAAUUGGUCAGAAAUCUGGCUAUCCAAUGUGUUAGGUCUUAGACCUUGGAGUGGAUAUUUUGUUACUCUCUUGCAGUUGCCCAGGCUUCCUUCCAGCAUGGAUGGUUUCUAUUUUUGCUCUCCUGUAUCAACCAAGUGGAGCCUCUUGGGGCCAUAUCCAGCGACUGAAGGAAGUUCAAUUUAACUCAACAAGUAUUUGUUAUCUGCCUGCUGUGUGCCAAGCACUUUGCUAGGUGCUGGGAAUAUGAAGACAAAGAUGAAAUAGGUUCUUCCUUCAAGGAGUUUACUUACGUUCUAUCAAGAAAGGCUUCCUUUUAAAGGCCAUACUUAAGAGGAGCCUUGAAGGAAAUUCAGAAUCCUAAGGGGCAGAAGUGAGAAAGGAGUGUCUCCAAGAAACAAGCCAUCCUUUUUCCUUAGACUUAAUAUUAAAAUGAGGUUUAAUGUUGGGGGCAGGAAGGCUAGAGAAUGGCUUCCCUUCAUUAACCCUAGUCAAACCUUGGAUCUGACUUUUGGCCCCAGUGGUUUCCUUCAGUGUGGAAGAAAAAGAAAGGCCUGCAAGUUGGGAGAAGAGUAGAGCAGAAUUAUCAAGAGGAUGGAAAGCAUAUUCUAGAAGGGCUUGCAUCCACUCACAAGUUGGGUUUGGGUUUUGUUUUUUAUUUUGGAGGGGAGUGGGGAAUUUGGGUAAAGUGAAAUUAAAGCUGUCAAAGAACUAGCAGAACCUUGCUUCUUAUUUGUUCUUCCCAAAUCCAUUAAACUCAAGAAAAACAAAAC